AUGUCGCUGCCAAAAAUAGGACGAAUUUCAACGCCACAACCUCAUUAUAUGCCAGGCUACACUGGAUACUGCCCGCAGUAUAUGUAUCGCAUUGGGAACACGUACUCAUCGCUAACGCAUCGCCUACUGAUCGAUCCGACCAUUGCUCACUCGGAAAACUUGGUUCUCUCUGAUCGCACUAACGAUGGAUACACGGUAGCUCGUCUACCGGUGGCCACACAGCUAGAUACCGAUGAUCGCCGCCGAGAAGAUGACGAUUUACGCGACACUAUUUACCAUCAGACGCCGAUGCCGGGAUACGAGGGUUACAUUCCCAGGACGAAGGAUAAAUUUGGCAAACGGUAUGCUGUGACCACGACGGAAGGACUGUCGGAGUUUGAGCGAGAUUGUCAGCGCACCCGGGCACAGCUGAAACGGUUGCGCCAUCGCGUUGCUCAACCUAUCUCAACCAUUUCGAAAGCAAGUUUGGGGGAGCGAAUGUUCUGCUUGAACGACUAUGAGAUUCCUCUACGAUUGGUACGUCCUGAUGCGUUGAGCGUGGUCAAGGAGGUCCCCAUGGAAAACCUUCCCCCAUUGCCAGCACUUCCAUACUAUUCUCGUGAUACUCCACCGUUACUGUUGCCAAAUGGACAUCCUGAGAAGUGGAACAAGCUAGGAUACACCGGACACAAACCUUUCCUGUGGCCACGUUUUGGUGAAGCUAAUGUAUCGCUAACGACCAAGGCGCUCUGUGAUUUCACCAACAGCUAUCAGCACCGGAGAAGCACCGAAUGGGAACCGAUUGCACUGGCCGGUGCCGGCACUACCCAGCCAUCGGCAAGGGUGAACGAAAUUUAUCACAAAACGAUCGGCCUUGUACCAAACUAUCAGGGACAUGUACCGGGUGCUACAUUUAGGUAUGGCAAAACUUUCGGUAACGAUAGCAAGGAUGCUAAAAAGUAUCUCAAACGAUGUUAGCUGUUUUGCGCGCAAAUUAAAGAAAAUUACUCGUUACAUUGGAGGUAAACGGUUAUAUAUUUCAAUAGCCAAAAGCCCAUGCCGAGGUGAAAACAAAAUACAACUUAACAACUAGCCAAUAUCGAGGCAAAC